CGGAAAAAAAAACCUCCCCUUCCAGCCUACAACCCAUUCGUGCUCCUCGUUCCGAUGCCAACUUUGGUUAUCAGAAAUGGAACAGUAAAUAGGGUGGUUAAACGUACAUAGCCUUCGCCUCUGUUUCCAUCUUCGACCGCCUCCCCAUUGUCGCCCCCGUCAAUUAGGCUAUCAACGACUCUCGUUCGUGAGAUCCGAGUUUUCUUUCAACAUUGGCCACCAGGGUGACGCAAUUACCGAAAUCCUUUUUCUCCAAACACCUCCCCCCACCACCAACAUCAGGAAUUGAAUUCUGCUAAAUUUCCUCCACCAUCUGUGAAACAUCCUAGAGUAUUGAACGGCGCUGUUUGGUUCUUUAGGUUCGAGUGGAAAUGUCUUCAUCCUCUUACCCACGAAGAGGUUUUACUAUGCCGGGGGUGCCACUUCCCUUAGAGGAUACUUUGCAACGGGAACCCGACGAAGAAACGGGAUUGCUACAACCUCAUGGCCCCCGUAAUGCUCAAUCAGACUACAUACUCACCUCUAGGUCCCCGCCAUCCCCACCGACUCUUCUGGGGAAGCAAAAUUCUCGCUCUUUCUUUCACAGUUCGUAUCAUAGCCACCACUUGCACGACCCUGACAAAGUCACAUGGCCACAAUAUACUUCCUCCUUGGGAGUUCGGGAUCAAACGGCCGAGUUGGCAACAUUAGCGCUGUCGGAUGCCGGCUCGGUGCGCGGUAGCCCGCCGCCUCGACCCCUGUCGUCUUCAUACCCCGAUAUCGGGCUCAGCCCUACAGUGGAAGGGAGUUUGAAUAGAACCAGAGUGAUAGUUGAGGUGGCAGAACCCCCAUCUGAGAGCGAAACCCCAACCAGUAUCCCCGGGAAGUCCUACUUAACACACCUCCUACGAAACUCACCACCAGAGACAGAUUCAGAAUCGGAGACGGACGCGGAGGCACAGCAGGGUCUCCACGCCACGGAUUAUAACCCACAUAGCCCGGUUGUAGAUGAUCUGCCGGCACCAAAUAAUACGGGUGGGCCACCGUCAACUCCGAAGGUACACCCUUCGGGGGAUGGCACGAGAUUAUAUGACGCCAUUCAGCAGCCUAACGGUGAGGCUGUCUCUCACCGUGGUUAUGGUGCGGUGCCUGGAGUGAAGGCUAUCAGAGUCAUAACAUGGCCGACUGAGAAAGGACUGAAUGCCAUGAAGAGUAUGUUGCACAGACGGAAGAUGUGGAGAAAACAGGAGAUCUGGGAAAACGUGGUGGCCAAACCAGUAGGAUGUCUUCCUGCUGUUCUAUUGGGACUGCUGUUGAACGUGCUGGAUGGGCUAUCUUAUGGAAUGAUUCUGUUUCCCCUUGGACAGAGUAUUUUCAGUGACCUUGGCCCUGAUGGCUUAUCAAUAUUUUACGUGAGCUGUAUUGUAUCGCAGUUGGUUUACUCAUGUGGUGGUAGUAUCUUCAAGGGUGGGAUUGGUUCCGAAAUGAUUGAAGUUGUUCCAUUCUUCCACAAGAUGGCCUUUACGAUUCUCAAUCAGGUUGGGGAAGAUAGACCCAAGGCAGUUAUAGCAACAACUAUAUUAUCUUAUUCUCUCAGCUCAAUUCUCACUGGCGCCGUAUUCUUUGCACUUGGAUAUCUUAAACUUGGCUCCCUCACCGGAUUCUUUCCUCGCCACAUUCUAGUUGGGUGUAUAGGUGGUGUAGGAUGGUUUCUCGUUGCGACCGGCCUCGAAGUAUCAGCCAGAUUGGAUGGUAACCUCAACUACAAUUUGGAGGUUCUUCAACUUCUAGUUAAACCUGCGACCCUGGUGCUCUGGACAGUUCCUUUAUUUCUCGCAAUAAUACUAAUCAUUAUUCAACGUUUCAUCAAGCAUCCUUUAAUUGUCCCGCUGUAUUUUCUAAGUAUACCUGCAGUGUUCUAUCUUGUAGUGUUAGCCGUCCCCAACCUUAAUAUUGCCUCCCUGCGAGAUCAAGGCUGGGUUUUUGAGCUUCCACAAGCCGGCGUACCUUUUUAUCAUUUUUAUACAUUAUAUGGCCAUGAGGUCAAUUGGAAGGCACUCGCCAGCACUGUGCCGGCAAUGUUUGCUUUGACAUUCUUUGGAAUCCUUCAUGUGCCGAUAAACGUUCCAGCAUUAGGAGUUUCCACUGGGGAGGAUAACGUUGACGUUAACCGCGAGCUUGUUGCACAUGGAAUUUCAAAUGCAAUGUCGGGUUUCGCUGGCAGUAUUCAAAAUUACCUUGUCUAUACCAACAGUAUUUUGUUUAUUCGGAGCGGAGGUGACAGUCGACUGGCUGGAAUCAUGCUUGCUAUUGGCACUUUUGGUAUUAUGGCUAUUGGUCCCACCAUAAUCGGAUAUAUUCCAGUUUUGGUUGUUGGCGCACUGAUAUUCUUACUCGGAAUUGAGCUUCUGCGUGAAGCACUCUAUGACACAUGGGGCAAGCUUUCUAGGCUCGAAUAUCUAACGAUUUGUACAAUCGUUGUUACCAUGGGAGCAUGGGACUUUGUGAUUGGUAUCCUAAUUGGCAUAGUUCUAGCCUGUAUGUCUUACGUUGUCCAGACAUCCCAGAAACCGGCAAUUCGUGCUAUAUAUUCCGGCGCUAUUGCCCGCUCAACCGUUCGGCGGCACCCUAAUCAGCAACGCUUCCUACGGAAAGUAGGGCCCCAAAUACAGGUAUUCAAGCUUGCUGGAUACAUGUUUUUUGGCACAAUCGCUUCGGUGGAGGGUAAGAUAAGGAGUCUUUUAGAAGAAAAGAAUUUCCAGGAACAACCUAUUAGAUUCCUAAUCGUCGAUCUUUUACAUGUCAAUGGAAUGGACUUCUCGGCGGCGGAAGCAUUCACUAGAAUGCGGAGGUUGCUCUCAGCCAAGAAUGUGGAGAUGAUAUUAUCUAGCGUUCAAUCCGAGAGUGAAGUUGGUAGGGAACUACGAGCUGUUGGAGUAUGGGGAGAUAACGAUAAGAUCCAAGUCUUCCAAGACCUAAACGCAGCACUCGAGGCCUGUGAAAACGAAUUCCUAACAGCUUUCUACUUUCACAGCGAUGAGCUUGCUACGAGGAAACAUAAUCCCCCGACGCAUCUUGAUGUCCCAAAUCGGAACCCGAGCGAUGUUCAUGGCAUUGAAGCGGCUUAUAGCUCCCCACGGCGAAACCUCCUCAAGCUGGCAGCUGCAUCAACACUCAGAGAAUCGGAAUCGGAAUCCCAACACUCAAAAUGGAAGAAUUUCAAACAGCCGCUCCCACUAAUUUUGCAAACAUUCCAGGAGAUGACGGACAAGCACGAAGAUUUUUGGUUCCGUGCGAUUCCCUUUUUCGUCCGGAGGGAAUAUGCUCAAGGGAGCAUCGUAUUCUCGCGAGGGGACAAAUCUAAGGAAUUCUAUCUCUUGGAAGAAGGCAUGUUCCGAGCCGAAUAUGACCUGGAACAGGGCAAAUACUUCGAAAGCAUUGUCGCUGGGACGACUUGCGGAGAACUUCCCUUCUUCUCUGCAACAAAACGGACUGCCACAGUUACCACGGAAAAGAAGACAGUGGCUUGGGUGUUAAAUAAAAAAUCCUGGGAAUCCAUGCAAAAAAUCCAGCCAGAUAUCGCGAAAGAGCUCUUGGAAAUAUCUUUGAAACUAACGAGCGAGCGCAUGAGCGCAAUCACAAGCUAUGUCCUUACGAGUGCUGGCUGAUGUCUGCUGGUGUGAAUAAUUCAUGAGAAGUGUGCAAUUUGGAUCACAUCUCGAUCUGAACUAGUUUCUCGGGACCUACAGCCGGGGCAAAUGACGAAUGGAUGGGGGGGGGGGCCAAAAUUAGAAUAGAAAAGCAGAUCACGAAGACGUUUUAUUUCCACUCUCGUGCGCCCUCGUGGUUCAAACAUUUUGUAGAUAUUCAGCCUGUCAAUGACAUGUCACUUUUUUUUCACCCAA